AGUUAAUGAAAUAAAUUAUAUAGCUAAUUGAGCAGCUAAAAGAAAUAAAAUCAAGUUCAAUUUACAUAAAUAAAGUUAUUGAUAAAACAACAUGUUUGGCCAAUCAGCAUUGGGUGGCACCAAUUCGUUUGGUGCUGCUGCAACAACAGCCUCUACAAAUCGCAUGAAUGACUUUGAAGUAGUCUCACCUCCAGAGGAUUCCGUAUCUGCAUUAGAAUUUAGUCCGGCAACUAUGCAACAGAAUUUUCUCAUUGCCGGCAGUUGGGAUUGCAGUGUUCGAUGCUGGGAGGUCGAACAGUCUGGAAAGACGGUGCCAAAAUCUAUGAAAACAAUGGGUGGACCUGUGUUGGAUGUGAGUUGGGCCGAUGAUGGUUCCAAAGUGUUUAUAGCUAGUGAAAAACAAGUUAAAGUAUGGGAUUUGGCCUCAGAUCAACAAAUACAAGUUGCGGCACAUGAUGGUCCCGUUAAAGUUUGUCACUGGGUAAAGGGUACCAAUUAUUCGUGUUUAAUGACUGGUUCAUGGGACAAGACAUUAAAAUUCUGGGAUACACGUUCACAGAAUCCAAUGAUGACCAUUAAUUUACCAGAACGCUGCUAUUGUGCCGAUGUUGAUUAUCCCAUGGCUGUGGUGGGUACAGCAGGACGUGGACUUAUCGUUUACUCUUUGGAGAACAGUCCAACCGAGUUUAAACGCCAAGAAAGUCCAUUGAAAUAUCAACACAGAACUAUUUCAAUAUUCCGUGAUAAGAAUAAAAAAGCAACUGGUUAUGCAUUGGGCAGUAUUGAAGGACGUGUCGCCAUUCAAUAUGUUAAUCCUGUGAAUCCUAAAGAUAAUUUCACCUUUAAAUGUCAUCGUUCUUCUGGCACAACCGGCUAUCAAGAUAUUUAUGCCGUUAACGACAUCGCCUUCCACCCAAUACAUGGUACUUUAGUAACUGUAGGUUCCGAUGGUACUUUCAGUUUCUGGGAUAAAGAUGCUCGUACUAAACUAAAGUCUUCCGAAACUAUGGAUCAGUCAAUAACAAAAAGUGGUUUCAAUGCUUCCGGUCAUAUCUUCGCUUAUGCUGUGGGCUAUGAUUGGUCUAAAGGUCAUGAGUACUUCAAUCCAGCCAAAAAACCACAAAUCUUUUUAAGAUCGUGCUAUGAAGAACUAAAACCGCGUUCUACUUAGACUUACAAACUUCUCAGAUAAUAUUUACGUAUCAUUUAUUGUCUAAUAGAUUUUGUAAUUCCAUAUUACCUACAUAUGUAAAUUUAAGUAAAAUAAACAAAGAAUCCUCCCAUAUUGGCA